CAGCCAAAGUGUCUCUCUUCCGAGUUGUUUUGUUUCUGAUUUCUGCGCGCCCCAGCGCGUGGUCUGGCCUCGGAUCGAGUCAAAGCGUGGCGAGCACGAACACAGCGAUUCUUCCUAGCACGAAAGUUUCGCGGAGGGAGAAUCGAGUUUAGUGCGAUAUGUACUGAACGGUGGGUUUUAUACCAGAGGUGGGGGUGGUGGGCGGAGGGAAAUGAGGUGCAAGCAACUGUUUAGGUUCAGGUUGUCACUGCACUCUCUUUUUGCUGCCGGUGCCAGGUCCCAAGGGUUGGAAGAAGGUCCCACCGCCGUGGUUUCCCACACUGAUUUGAUGAAUGAAGAGGGGCUGAUUUUUCUCGGUUCCCUUUUUUUCUGCUCUGUCGCUCUCUUCCGUGGGAGAAGUGGAGUCCCUAGCCGUGAAAUGGCUGCACAGUCGCAGAAACCCCCGACUGGCACACAUGCACGCACUGUGAUCCGACUCAAGUCAGUACGAACGCGACGGACGAGGCCGACACGCGCACAAAGGCGCCUUUGGUUAGGCGAGAAGACUCGUCGUGUGACGGAGUGCUUUUAUCCUGCAGCGACCUUGACACCUCUGGAGUGUCUGGAGUGUGCGAGUGCAGGGUUCUUCUCAGCUCAACGUGAUUAUCCAAUUGUGAAUCGAAGCCGCAGAGCCGGCUUUCCCAGCAGCCCACCAAAGUGGAAUUGCCUGCCCGGAUGAGCUGUUCCUUGCCCCUUGCUCAGCACGAAAGUACACCAUCCCUACCCCACACCAGAGAAAAGCUGCAUUAUGACUCGCGCGCAAACCCUCACAGGCGCCGCCAUGGUGCAGCUGGUAUCCUAGGACUACACUCCGUCGGAACGGGAUGCGCUCGCUUAUACCAGACGACGUGAAGUACCUACA